AUGUCAGAGGAAGUGCUUGUACCGAGUGCAGUCACUUCAGCGAUUUAUAAUUUGUUAAACGAGUCGAAGGAGAAAGAAAGCCAGCAACGAAUGAUACUCGUUGCACAGAAACAAAAGAUGCAAAAGGUGGUCGUCCAGUUCGUUUUUGCUGCUGAAUCACGGAUCGAGGAUGUAAACUUAAGAAGUCCAUCUGGGCUGUACGGCGUAAGCAAAAGUUUAAAAAACAGUGGCCUCUUUCCAUCGACGUUCAACGUCGCCGCAAAGGCAGACGUUUCUGUGAACGCAACCUGCGGCGAAGAAGGGCCGGAGACAUUUUGCAAACCCUCGGAGUCAUCAAGGUGUGCGGUUUGCGAUGCAAGGAGCCCGGAUCCAGGCAAGAGGCAUAACAUUAGUAACAUCUUGGACUCGAAUCCUGCGAAAUGGUGGCAAAGCCCAACCUUGGCCAAUGGAGAUCGUUACGAAUACAUAACCAUCGUCUUGGAUCUUAAGCAGGUGUAUCAAGUGGAAUACGUGAUAGUAAAGGCAGCCAAUUCACCGCGACCAGCUGCUUGGAUUUUGGAGAAGUCUCUGGACGGUGAAAAUUUCCAGCCGUGGCAGUAUUACGCUCCCAGCGAUGAAGAAUGUUGGACGCGAUAUUCCGCGCCGCCCGUUUCCGGAAAGCCCGUUUACAUCGGCGACGACGAAGUCAUUUGCACUAGCCUAUAUUCCAGACAGACACCUAUGGAAAACGGAGAGAUCCAUACACAUCUGGUGAACGGCAGACCCGGUGCCCUGAAUCACAGCACGACCCUUCAGGAAUUCACUAAGGCUAAAUACGUGCGGUUACGGCUUCAGGGUCUCCGACGUAGCGGCGAGGCGAUCGUGGACAAGAGACGCGCCUUUUAUUCGAUAAAGGAAAUUAAUAUCGGCGGACGGUGUUUGUGUUCUGGACACGCGGCACGGUGUCGUUACAGCGUUCAACAUGGGCAUCAAGAAUGUGAAUGCGAGCGCCACACGUGCGGCGAAAGAUGCGAAAAAUGCUGUCCCAUGUACAAUCAGAUUCCGUGGAAACCUGGCACAGCUGCGAAGGGCUUUCACUGUGAGAAAUGCAACUGCAAUGGACAUGCAACCUCGUGCAGAUAUGAUCAGGAAGUGGCCGACAGGAGAAUGUCCAUGGACAUUCGUGGGAAAUUUCGUGGUGGAAGGAAACGUGAGCACACGGCUGGUAUUAAUUGCGAAAUGUGUCAGGAUGGAUAUUACAGGCCGAACGGUGUCGCCCCUGAUGCACCUGAACCUUGCUUACCGUGCAACUGCAACGUACACGGUAGCACGGGUUACUGCACUCCGGAUGACUCUUACACGCACAUGGGAAAGGUAGCAGGUGCUUGCAAUUGCAAACCCGGCUACUCCGGCUACAAGUGCGACCAAUGCGCCGCUGGAUAUCGUCAGUUCCCUGACUGCAUGCCCUGCCCGUGCGAUUCCCGUGGGAUCCUUCCGUCCCACGAUUGCGAAGGGGACUGUCUCUGCAAGGCAAACGUCGAAGGCGAAUUCUGCGACGAAUGCAAAUCAGGACAUUUCGCGUUAACGAAGGAGAAUCUCGAUGGCUGUCUAUCGUGCUACUGUUUCGGCGUCAGCGAUCGUUGCAGCACGGCGAAACUGUCUUAUUCCACGAUAUCCUCACUGGAAAAUUGGCUUGUCACCGACAUGAACGCUUCACGUGCUGUUGUUCCCAUUGUGGACACGGACAAUAGUUGGCUGACGGUGGCAGCGUUCGAAGUCGAGUACGAUACUCCAUUUUGGUUGGCUCCGCCGAUUUAUUGUGGCAGUCGUCUCUCAUCGUACGGCAGUAACAUCACUUAUUCUGUCACCUGGGUCGUUAUGCGCGGCGAUACCAGCGGAAAACCGACCACUGGGCCCAAUGUUAUUUUAGUUGGUAAUAAUGGCAUGCGAAUAGCUUACGGCGAGGAACAAUAUAAUGGCCAGGAAGCGGAGAUCAUCGUUCCUCUUCGUGAAAACGGCUGGUAUCACGUACGCAGCGAGAUCCAAGAUAUUCCUACCAGAUUAAGGAGAACCGAAUUUCGCGGGGAUCCUGUUACCAGGAUACAAAUGAUGCGGGUUCUCGCGGAUUUGAAGUAUCUUAUGAUAAGGGCGAAAUAUCAUUCCGAGCAAAUCGAAGGAAGUCUGCAAUCAGCGGUCGUGUCGGUCGGAGAGGUCACUGCUAAUACUGACAGUGCCAGUUUAGUUGAAAUGUGCGAGUGCCCCGAAGGAUACACGGGAUUCUCGUGCGAGAACUGUGCGUGGGGCUAUGUAAAAGUGAUAAAAAAUGGAUCCGAUCAUCGGGAACAUCACACGUGCGUUAAAUGUGACUGCAACGGACACGCGAGUACCUGCGAUCUCGUGUUGGGAGGAUGCACGACUUGCGAGCACAACACAGUGGGUCCAAAAUGUGAUCGUUGCGCGCCUGGUUUUUACGGUAUCGCCCUUUACGGUACGCCUGACGAUUGCAAGAGAUGCGCCUGUCCUCUCCUCGUCGAGUCCAAUAAUUUCAGUCCAAACUGUCAGCUCGACGAUCCUAACGACAUCAACAGCGGUUACGUCUGUACACAGUGCCCGAAGGGGUACACAGGUGACCACUGCGAAAGUUGCGACAUUGGAUUUUUUGGAAAUCCUUUAAUUCCCGGCGGUACCUGCGAACCGUGCCUCUGCGGCGGUGGUCCAUGCGAUCAAGAAACAGGCCGCUGCUUGGAGUGCCGGGGCAACACGGAAGGUUGGAAGUGCGACAAGUGCAAGCAGGCUCAUUACGGAGAUCCGUUGGAACAGAACUGCUUGCCUUGCGAUUGCGACCCUCUCGGUAGCAAUACCGUCGAAUGUAACGAGAGGAGCGGUCAGUGUCCGUGCAGGCCUUUGUUCGAGGGUCGUGACUGCUCCUCCUGCAUCGAAGGUUACGGGAACGUGACUGCAGGUUGUCGGGAAUGCGAGUGCGACGUGGGUGCCCUCGACGAGGUCUGCGAUCCCGUAACCGGUGAAUGCAGGUGCGCGGACGGCGUCCUUGGCUUCCGGUGCGAUCGCUGCGACGUCGACCAUUACGGCUUGUCCGUGGGAGGCUGCAAAGGUAAGUACCUUACGGGAAAGAAUGAGAAUAGUAAAAAGUCUCGCGUGGCUCGAGCAUGGAGUCAUCGAGAAUGGGCGCUGAUGCCGAUUCGUGGAUGGAAUCGCUUCUGA